AUGUUUGUCGCCCCCGACAGGCCGAACGUGUGCGCUGAGCGCGAGGUGAAGCUGGUGGCGCAGAGGCAGCCUUGCGUCCAGGCCUUCUCACGCAUGGUCAAGGUGUGGAAGCAGGGCUGCAUGGGUCAGUCCUGGUGCAUGGGAUACGAGAGAAGAACUGCCUACUACACAGCCUACAGACAGGUGUACCGUCAGGACUACCAGACGGUGUACAAGUGCUGCCCCGGCUGGUCCCAGCUCAACGGCGAGGCCGGCUGCCUCUAUCCGGUCUGCAGUUACGGCGUGUGCUUUAACGGUGGCGUGUGUCGCGUGGGAUCGGCCCAGCUCUGUGACUGUGCUGCAGGCUUCAGUGGGGCCAGCUGCCAAUAUGAUGUGAAUGAGUGCGAGGAGACCAACGGGGGCUGUGAGGCGCUCUGCUGCAACACCAUCGGCAGCUUCUACUGCAAGUGCCCUGCUGGACAGGAGCUCAAGGAGGACGGCAAGACCUGCAAGGAUGUUGACGAGUGCCAGGCCCAUAACGGAGGCUGCCAGCACAGAUGUGUCAACACCAGAGGCUCCUAUCACUGCGAGUGCAGACCAGGCUCUCGGCUGCACGUGGACGGCCGCACCUGCAUCGCUGUAAACUCCUGCAGCCUGAGUAAUGGAGGAUGUGAGCACUUCUGCAUCCAGCAGUCUGCCGCCCACUUCCAGUGCCGCUGCCGGCCCCACUACCAGCUCACUGAGGACGGGAAACACUGCAGACUGCUGGACCCGUGUAUGGAGAGAAAUGGCGGCUGCAUGCACGACUGCCACGUUGACGGCGGGAGGGCACACUGUGAUUGCCGUGCAGGAUACACCCUGGCAGUGGAUGGGAAGACAUGCCAAGACGUCGACGAGUGCGUGACGGGAGACGGCGGCUGCGCUCACGGCUGCCACAACACACCCGGCUCCUUCGCGUGUGUGUGCAGCGCCGCCUACGAGCUGGGCGCAGAUGGCAAGCAGUGCUAUCGGAUUGAGAUGGAGAUAGUCAACAGUUGUGAGACUAAUAAUGGUGGAUGCUCUCAUACGUGUCAGCACUCCAGCAAUGGGCCUGUUUGCUCCUGUAACCAAGGUUACCGGCUAGAUGAUGACCUCAAGACCUGUAUCGACGUUGAUGAGUGCGGGGAUGGGAGCUCAUGCUGUCAGCAAGACUGUACCAACUACCCUGGCGGGUACGAGUGCUACUGCUCAGCAGGCUACAGCCUCAACACUGACGGCUGCAGCUGUGAUGAUGUGGACGAGUGUCUGGCUGAGAACGGCGGCUGUGAUCACACGUGUCAGAACGCAGCUGGAUCCUUCCAGUGCGUCUGUCGCCGUGGACACAAACUUGACGAGGACCGUCGCUCCUGCCUCUUAUUAGGAAACACAGUGGAGGCCCUGAGUGGAGGUCCAAUAGUGGAAAGGCCCCGCCCCCAACUCACACUCCUCCAGGAUUACGACCAAUCACUGGAGCUGCUGGAGCGCUAUGACGACUACGAGGAUGACGCUGGUGAACUGCGUGCAGAGAGCACCCUCAAGGAGAAAUAUGUGUGUGUGAACGACACGUUUGGUUGGGACUGCAGUCUGAUGUGUGAGGACUGCUCCAAUGGAGGAGCGUGUAACCCUCACAAGAGCGGCUGCCUCUGCCCCAACGGCUGGACUGGCGUCAUCUGCAACCAGACCUGUCCGGAGGGUAUGUUUGGCAAGAACUGCUCUCACAGCUGCAAGUGUAAGAACGGUGCCAGCUGUGACCCGGUGAGCGGUCAAUGCCGAUGCCCACCAGGGGUCAGUGGCGAGCUGUGUGAGGACGGCUGCCCUAAGGGCCUGUAUGGGAAGAGCUGUAAUAAGAAGUGUAACUGUGCCAACAACGGGCGGUGCCACCGUACCUACGGAGCCUGUCUGUGUGACCCGGGCCUCUACGGACGCUUCUGCCAUCUACCCUGCCCUAAGUGGGCGUUUGGUCCUGGCUGCUCGGAAGAGUGUAAAUGUGUUCAGGAGAACACUCUGGAAUGCCACCGUCGCCAUGGCACCUGCUCCUGCAAACCUGGUUACCAAGGAGACACCUGCAAGGAAGAGUGUGACCCAGGCUCCUAUGGCGCUGGCUGCCAGGGCAAAUGUGAGUGCCCGCCUGGCGUGAGCUGUCAUCACGUGACCGGAGCAUGCCAACGCCAGUGCCCUGCUGGGAAGAGGGGGGACAACUGUGACCAGGACUGCCCUGAGGGGAAGUUUGGUCAGGGCUGUUCCCAGGCCUGUGACUGCACUGGUUCUCCCUGUGACAAGGUGAGCGGCAAGUGCCUCUGUGUGAACGGGACCAUCGGGGGGCGCUGUGAGAAGGAGUGUGAGGAGGGCCGCUGGGGCCCGGGCUGCAAGGAGAAGUGCCCCCAGUGUGAGAACAAAGGAGUGUGUGAUCGACAGAACGGCACCUGCGUCUGCCCUGCCGGCUACAUGGGACGGCUCUGCCAGAACGCAUGUCCCGCUGGUCGCUUUGGGCUGGGCUGCCUGCAGCGGUGUGUGUGUGAGAAUAACGGACGAUGCCACCCUGUGACCGGCCGCUGUCACUGUGCCCCCGGGUGGACCGGGCACAACUGCAGGAAAGUGUGUGACCCUGGCCAGUGGGGGGCAGACUGCUCCGAGGCGUGUGACUGCAGGAACGGAGGCGGGAGCUGCGAUGCAGUGACCGGCAUGUGCCACUGUGAAGCCGGCUUCACCGGGGACCGCUGUGAUCAGAAAUGCCCUGCGGGUUCUUUCGGGCCGCGCUGUCGCCAGCGGUGUCAGUGUGACAACGGGGCGUCAUGUGACCACGUCAGUGGGUCGUGCACCUGCAAAGUGGGCUGGACCGGAACCUUCUGUGAAAAACCGUGUCCUCAGGGGUUCUUUGGCCUGGACUGUCAGCAGAAGUGUGUGUGCCUGAACGGAGGCAGCUGCAACCACGUUACUGGGGACUGUGUGUGUCCAGCGGGCUGGCUUGGACCUCAGUGUAAUCAGACGUGCCCUACUGGUCUUUACGGGGAAGGAUGCGCCCACCAGUGUGUGUGCCAGAACAACGCCACCUGCAGCGCAGUGAGCGGACAGUGUGUGUGCGCGCCAGGCUGGAAGGGAGCAAAUUGCACAGAGGCAUGUAUGGCGGGGUUCCACGGCACAGAUUGUCUCCAGCGCUGUCUCUGUCGGAAUGGGGGGACCUGUGACCCCAGCAGUGGCCGAUGCACCUGCCCCCACGGCUGGACUGGCACCGCCUGUGAGCUGGCAUGUGUGCCUGGCCAAUUUGGAGCAGACUGCCAACAGAGGUGCGAGUGUGAGAACGGGGGUCGAUGUGACAGACGGACGGGCCAGUGUGUGUGCAGCUCUGGAUGGGUAGGAGAGCGUUGCGAGAAAGCGUGUCUCCCGGGCACAUAUGGUGAGGGGUGUUUCCGCAGGUGCUCCUGCUCUCCAGGCUCCUCCUGUCAUCACAUCACUGGGGAGUGCGGCUGCCCCCCUGGACUCACCGGCAACGGCUGUGAGCAGACUUGUCUCCCUGGCACCUUCGGCCUGAACUGUAACCAGGUGUGCCAGUGCUCUGAGACUAACCAGCUGUGCCACCCGGUGUCAGGAGUGUGCUACUGCGCCCCAGGCUUCAGAGGCCCCAAGUGCAAACAGGAGUGUGAGGCGGGUUGGUACGGUCCCAACUGUGAGCGCAGAUGCCAGUGUCAGAACGGAGGUGUGUGCCGGACUACGGAUGGCACGUGCCGCUGUCCGCCCGGCUUUAUCGGUGCCCACUGCAACAUCUCAUGCCCGGUUGGUCGCUACGGGCAGGACUGUGCCAGCGUGGCACUGUGCGGAGAAGGGGCCCAGAACGAUCCGGUCACCGGCAGGUGUGUGUGCUCGCCGGGACGCCAGGGGGAGGACUGCGGCCAAGGCUGUGCGCCAGGCUGGUAUGGCUCCGACUGCUCUCAGCACUGUCACUGCCGCAACGGCGGCGCGUGUGAUGCGGUGUCUGGGAACUGCACCUGCCAGCUGGGCUGGAUGGGACUGCACUGUGAACAAGAGUGUCCGCAGGGGAGGUUUGGGCCCAGCUGUGUGCACAGGUGUGACUGCGAGAACAACAGCACCUGCGACAGAGUCAUGGGCACCUGCCAGUGUGCCCCCGGGUACUACGGACACCGCUGCGAACACGCGUGUCCAGCCGGUUGGCAUGGCCCGCGCUGCCAGCUGCAGUGUGACUGUUUCAACGGCGCCCAAUGCCACCCCAGCACAGGCCGCUGUGUCUGCCCACCUGGGUACCAGGGCACACGCUGUGAGAAAGAGUGUGGUCAGGGAAGGUUUGGGCAGAACUGUUCUCAGGUGUGUCAGUGUGCGGAAGGUGUGCCGUGUGAGCCGGCUCGAGGCCAGUGCCUGUGCACCUCGGGGAGGACAGGGAGCAGGUGUGACGCAGACUGCAGAGUGAACCGUUACGGGCCAGACUGUGUCCUGAGUUGCGAGUGUGAGAACAGUGCCCAGUGUGACCAGAGGAAUGGCCAGUGCACCUGCCUCAGUGGCUGGAUUGGACUCACCUGCCAGGAAGGAGUGCCUCCGCAACAGCAACCGAGAAGCACCGCGGACCAAUCACAGCAUAGCAACUCGUUAUAGCCCCACCCACUGAUUGGACACCUCCCCCAUUCCUUCUGUGCACCAAUGUGAGGGCAGCAUGAGCCCCUCGAUCCAGGAAGAGACUGGAGAAGAAAUCAGGAUCUCAGUGGGCUAUGCUAGCUCCCUUAGCAGGAGCCAUGGUGACCACACAGACUCUCAGAUGAGAAUGGAUUAUUCUAAGCGACGUGUGUCUAUUUAUGUGUAUGUCUGUGUGUGCAUGUUUGCACACAGCUUGUUAAAACUCCUGUGGCUGGUUCCCUUUAGCGCAGAUGAAGGACACUUACUCAGUGAACACGGUGCUCAGGUUCAAUGUAGCUCUGUAGUUGUGCGCUGCCUCCUGUAGGUCAGAUUGUGAACUGCAUCCCCCUCCCCGGCAGCAUCAACACCUACAGUACGGCAGGGGGUAUUUCAACGGUCAGGUAAAGGCUUUCCCCUCCGCUGGCUUGGAGUGCUUUAUCCGUCCUCCCUCGCUCCUCGGGCCUCGAUCCUCACUGAUCUACAUAAAGAAUGAUGGAGCGGCAACAAUGGGAUAGUCUAUCCAGUGUUGGUUAUACUGUAGAUCAGUGGGAACGCCCCUCGAGGAUCGAGCAUCGAGGAGAGAUGUUGAGAGGCACCCCCAGUCUCAGCCUCCUCAGACGGCAAAGUUGCAGGAUGCUUCUCCCUGCUAGAGCCACGUUUGAAGACACGGAGCACUUUACCCCUGGGAGCCCUGAACACACGCACACACUCAACACACACACACACACACACACCUGAUUAUCUGCAGUGUGUUCCGCUAAAAACACACUACUCUCACUGGACUCUUUCCAAGCAUACUUGACACAACAUCAUAUCUUGUUUUUACUGCAGAUUUUAAAGGAUGUGUACUGGAUAUCAAUGCAGUCUUCUUUUUUUAAUUAAUGUGUAUUUUGUCGAUUAAUGUUUUUGUUUCAGGCUGUUAACGUGCUUUAUUUUAUAUGCUUUCAUGCGCAUAUUGCAACUUUUAAGAAUUACCCAUAUCAAGUCGGUGCCAAUAUGUUGUAAAGUAAUAUAAUGUUCCUUCAACACAAAAUAUGUCCAUAAAACACAUCAAAUUGUUUCCUAUUAGAAACAGCUGCAUUAGCCGCUGCAAACCCGACUAUUAGCCGCGGUUUAUACAUUGAUUUUGCAAAAAGCUUCAGCUAUGAGGUUAAUACAGGGGGGCAGUUAAUAUGGUUGUGUUUCUUUUAACUUGCAUUAAACACUGUGAUGUGGCUUAUACACAAUGCGGCUUAUAUGCGGGAAAUUACUGUAAUCAGGUUGGAAAAGUAGUCUGUGAUUGAUGCAAACUGAAGUGUGCCUUCCCUAAAUGAGCCACAUACUGUACAUACUGUAUCAGGAGAGCUACAGCUGUUGCCCAGUGAGUAGCGCAGCCUGCUGGACCAGAGCUCAUAGAGCUGCGUUUGAAGGGUUGUCUUCAUCCCAUAUUAGUGUGUAGAGGUAUCGUGUGCUUUGAAUGCUCUCGUGUACAGUACUGGGUUGCAGUGCUCUGGGUCAAGGGACUCGGAGUAGCCGGCCUCCUCCUUCCCUUUGGAUGUCAUGUUCCAAACUGUCCGACUGUGGCACACCCGUUUCCCCUAAAGAGUAAAGACUACACCAUCAAUUCAGUUGAAAGCAGAUGUACUCUGCAGAUCCGAACAAUCCGGAUGAUUUACAUUAUUUUUUUUUAUUUUUAGAUCAGGGAAUGCUCCUGGCUUGGUAACCAGCUCCCAAUCAUCUAUUCUGCAUCUAUGUUGAUAUUAUGUCUUAUCAAAUGGUGUAUUUGUAUAAAUAGUCACGUUGUGUAUUUAUAUUCCUGAUGAUGAGUGUAUUAUGUUUCAUAUGAAU